CUCCUCCAGAGCAUUCUUUACUCAACAACUCACCAUUUUCACUCGUUUUCUCGAAUCUCUUCGCUAAACAACCCUUCAAAAUGCAGUUCGCUCUUACCGCAAUCCUCAGCCUCGCUGUUACCGUGGCCGCUCUGCCACCAAUGGGCCCCUCUGCCGGUGGUGUUGGCAACGCUAACGGCGUUGCUAACAAGGGAAACACCCAAGUUCGCUUCCCUGUCCCUGACAACUUGACUGUCAAGCAGGCCCAGGCCAAGUGUGGCGACCAGGCUCAGCUCUCUUGCUGCAACCACGCCACCUAUGCCGGAGACACCACCGAUGUCAACGAGGGUAUCCUUGCUGGCACUCUGAGCCACCUCAUCGGCACCGGUUCCGGAGCUAGCGGCCUGGGUCUCUUCGAUCAGUGCUCCCAGCUUGAUCUCCAGGUUCCCGCUGCUCUCGGAAUCUUGGGUAUCCAGGACUUGAUCAAGAAGCAGUGCCAGCAGAACAUUGCCUGCUGCCAGAACUCUCCCUCCAACGCUGGCGGAGAUCUUAUCGGUGUCGGACUGCCCUGUGUGGCCCUCGGUGCUCUGAUCUAAUUGAAGAAUCUCGUUCGCCUUCGGGUUGGGAUAUUCGGAGAUUAAUGUCAACCCCGACAGCAUCGAGUGAGAUGUGUCGACGCUUUAGAUACGGAACGCGGGGUUUGUCUUAAUUGUGCCGGUUGCAUAGGUUUUGUCUAGAGGUUCUAAGCCGAUCGUUACUACUGUUUUGUUUCUAUGUAUUUGAUGAUAUUUUGAAUUAUUAUCCUUCUUCACAAUAAAAACUCUG